GCCGUACCCUCAGUUUAUAGCGGCCGUUCCCACGAGACCCCGCAACUCAAACAGGAGAGCGUGGCAGCGAGGAGUGAGGCGACUUCCUGGUAACAGCUUUUGAGAAGAAUGUAGGGAAAAGGUGGGCUACUGCGAAACAGAAUUUAUUAUGUUCGCGCAGAAAAUUUGUCAACACCCCGCCCUCACUGACAGAGAAGAGGGCGCGCGGAGACACACUGGAGGAGCGCGCUGGUGUUCUGCGAGCUUCGCGAACAUCACCUUCGCUGACAUGAGUGCCAACAGUCGUAGGAUUGCAACUCUCGUACCGGACGUAGAUUUGACACAGAAGCCGUGUGUGGAAUGGCUUUCAGGACCACAUCAUGCGUGCACACUGCCGCGCUACGUUUCCGCUGCAGACGCUCACGCAGGAGGCACCGCUGUAAACUUGUGGCACGCUGACUUCAGUGACACACACACAGGCACUGCGACGCAGAAAACAUGCUGUUAUAAGCGCCCGCUAUUCUGGACAGCCAACGUCUCUGCCACCCUCAGGGGCCUUGCAGCUGCGUAUGUAAAACAGUGA